AGAGAUGUUAAGCAAAUGCGUGCAUUUUAGAAAUGCGAAUGCGUUACGAGUAACGACGUGCAGGUCACGCAACACCACCCUUAUUCUUCUGUUUACUACUGGAAGGUUUUCUUGAGAGACAGCGAGUCUUCCCUUUGAAGUUAAAUUGGUUAACCACUACACUUCAGGACUCCAUUAGGCCAAGAGUUGCAUAAGACCUUUCUCAGCAAGAUUUUAGUCUAUUCAUCAAAAUGGAAAACCACGAUGAUGAGCUGUUCGACUUUUCGUCCCCAUGGCACUUUAGUGAUGUGGUGCUUGUAGUAGAGGAUUCAAGAUUCUAUGUCCACAAGAGCACCCUAUCAAUGUGGUCCCCAGUCUUCGAAAAGAUGUUCACUUCUGAGUUUUCCGAAAGAAAUGCCGAGGAGAUCCCGUUACCUGGGAAACGAGAGAAGGAAGUGGAAGUGUUGCUGAAGGUGAUUUACUCGUAUGGCAAAAUACAGGGUGUCACCAACGAGAACUACCAUUACCUGCUGGAGCUAGCAGAGGAAUACCAGAUAGAUCGCGUCAAGACGUUCUGCAGUGAAUAUCUAUCUUACAACAUACAAGAAUCAAAUGCGCUAUGUUUCUACAAGGUCGCCGAGCGAUUCGGCCUCAAGGAGGUCAUGUCCCAGUGCGUCCAAGAAGCUCGUUACAUAUCAUCACUAUCUAUCGAGGACUCGGAGGAUUAUCACGAUCUGAGACCAGAAAUAAAACUCGAAAUUUCCACCGAAAGAAUUAAAGAACUAGAACGAACGCUACACGAGUAUGCCAAGACGUGUUCAAGCUUAGUGGAGUAUAUUUACAAGGAUGUAGCGAAUAUAGCGUUGUCGAGUAUGGAGUGUGAUAACAUUCCCGUACAUCGGACCGGAGCGAGGGAAUCCUUUAAACUAUCUUGCAAAUGCUGUCGGCGAAGAGUCCAGAAUGCGGAGUGUAAAUUAGAAUACCUAGGAUUUAGAGAACUACUGAAGAAACUUUUUGAUUUGGAACAUGUGAAUAGAGUAGCAAGGAGAGCGAAAAACUCCGUAGAUUAGAUUAACAAAAAGUUUCUUUACAAGCCAGUUUUUUUGUACAGAGCGCUAUCUUUUACUUCUAUAUGAAUCGAAAACACCACCUUAUAUUUACAGUUGUAAGUGGCGGAGGUCUCCACAGACGUUUUGCGCCCUUAUAAGACCAUUUGCAAGAGUUAGAAACUCGGUACCUUAUAAUUCGUUUGGCAACCAUGUUUCUACUUCAAGUUUUUAAGACCUUGAAAUAGGUGGGAAUUUUUCUCUUAACUUGUAACGUAAAAUUGUUGCGAGACAAGUUGCAAAAAAUUUUUGGCACGCACAACUAAAAGAUUAGUUGCGCGAUUUUCUAGAAAAUAAUCCAUGCUUCGCAGCACGGGGUGAUGAACAUUGUAAGUUGCAAUAAAGAAAGAAUGCAUUCUCUAUUAUUCCCACAGCAACUUGCAAUGCUCAAGUUUCAUUUCAUGCUUAAAUAAGUUUUAUUGCGUUGCAAACUGCAAGAAAAUGAAUGAAUGCAUUCUGAAUCACUCCUACAGCAACUUACAACGCUUUAUUUCCUUUAAGUUGCAAACUGCAAGAAAAAUACAGUUCCAACAAGAGCAUUUACUAGAUGCGACGUGAACAUUACGAUUAGCUCAAGCCGUGUAUAUAUAGUAUAAACGGAAUGUACAAUGAUACGAAGGUUGUCAGGUGAUAGAAAUGUUUGCAGACCAACUUAGAAUACCAUUUUUAUGUACUAAUAUCGAAUUUGCGAAUUCAUCGAUAAAAUAUCCAUUUUUUCCCA